AUCAAACUCAGAGAGAGUUCUGUGGUGCCUUUCAGCACUAUAGAGAUGAACUUGUGGAUACUCCUGACAUUCAUUGCGCUGGCUGAAUGCCAUCACCACCAUAGAGGCAUCCACUGCCCAGAUCUGUGCUCCUGUUCCUUUCUACCUUCAGGCGCAGACGUGGUGUGCAGCCAAAGCUCCCUUACAAAUUUUCCUGUAAAUGGUUUGCCAUCCAACACCACUCGACUAUCAAUCCAGAACACCAACCUCAGCAAUAUGACUGCCAGUCAUUUGAGUGUUGUGCCCCUUUUAAACAACCUCCAGCUGUAUCACAACAACCUGACAAGCCUUCCUUCAGAUCUACUGAAGGAUGUUCCCCACUUGAACACAUUGGAUCUGACAGGUAGUCAGCUGGUUCAUCUUCCCCCAAAUGUCUUCAGCCAUGCCCCACUUCACAAUCUUGUGCUAAAGAAAAAUCUGAUUGAAAAAGCAGAUCCUGAGUGGUUUCCUGACAACAGCAGCCUGAUUUGGCUUGACUUGUCUGGAAACCGUUUAGAGAGUAUACCCACUGCUCUGCUUCACAAGCUGCCCAAUCUGGAGAAUCUAGACUUAAGUGACAACAAUCUUCAGAACCUACAACCAGAUGUCCUGAAGAACCUGCACCACUUGGAGUCACUGAAUCUCGCUGGUAACAAAUUGAGCUCCCUGAACCCUACAGUCUUCAAUCACAACCUGAAACUAUCCCAGCUGUUUUUACAGGAGAAUCAGCUCCAAGAACUACCAGCAACCCUCCUCCAGGGUCUCCAAAAUCUUGAACUGCUGCUCCUCAAUCAGAAUCAGCUGCAGUGUUUUCCUGAGGGUCUGCUGGAUGGCCAAAAAUCCUCUUUCCAGAUGAUCUUAACAGGAAACCCCUGGGUGUGCGAUGAAAGGAUCAAGUAUCUGUGGAAGUGGCUCACUGAGCAUUCUCAAAAUGUCUUCUUUUUGGAGGAGGUGACAUGUGCAAGGCCUGAAGCUCUUAAACAUCGACAAGUGGCCUCUUUAACCAGCAGUGAGCUCUGACUUCACAAGAUUCAAAAUUCUUGAUGAAAAGGUUACGGUGGAGUGGAUAUUUUGCUUUUGCCCCAUAUUUUCCACUAAAAUCUUUGUCAGAUUAUAAAUUGUUCUCGUAUAUUUGACUGUUUCAAAUUCUGAAAUAAAAACUUUAUGAUUCACACUUUUA